AUGACUGAAUUGAACCCUAAAUCGAAGCAAUUGGACUUUUCCGGGGUGCCUGGAUCAAUAAUUCUAACGGUGGCCUUACCGGUGUUGGUUUUAUUCCUCUAUUUAUUGAGCAAUGAUGACUAUCACUUAGUUCAAGUAAGCCUAGAUUUUGAGGCUGUUAAAAACAUAGUUAAAAAUCAAAUAAUUGAUAACUGGAGGGAUUGCUUCUUCAACUAUAAUUGUUGGAUCGCCUAUUGCAGUUGGUUUUUUGGCUUGGCAGUGAUGGAUUUAAUUAUUCCGGGUAAAUGGAUGCAAGGUGUUCAAUUAAGGGAUGGAUCCAAGCUUUGGUAUUUGAUAAAUGGAAAAGAGUUAAGUUUGGCAUUGAUAACUGUGCUAUUGGGUCGCAUUUAUUAUAUUGGCGAUUUUAAUCUUCCUGAACUUGCAUUUCUCUAUGAAAAUAUUCUUCCUUUGAUUGUCACCACAUGGGAGUUUUCAAUUAUAUUGGCUACAUUCUGCUAUAUUGGAUCAUUCAUACCAUUGAUUGGAAAGAAUGGUAAGGGUACAAAAGAGCGUAUCCUAGCUGUUGGCGGAAACUCCGGAAACCCUAUGUUUGACUGGUUCAUAGGGAGAGAGCUCAAUCCUAGAGUGGGAUACUGGGAUAUUAAACUAUUCUGUGAGUUACGGCCAGGAAUGCUUCUUUGGUUCUUAUUGAACAUUGCGUACGUACAGAAACAGUAUCUAAAGUUAGGAUACGUCACAAAUUCACUACUAAUGGUGAAUAUUUUCCAGUUCAUUUAUAUAUUUGAUGGUGUCUUAAACGAAGAGGGCUGCUUAACAAUGAUAGACAUUACAACGGACGGAUUUGGAUUUAUGCUUGCGUUUGGUGAUCUAUGCUGGGUUCCAAUGACAUAUUCUCUCCAAGCACGUUAUCUUUCUUUAAUGGAGUUCAACUUACCAUUAUGGGCAGUGGUCAUGAUAACAGUGAUAAUGUUAAGCGGCUUCUGGAUCUUCAAGUCGGCCAACAACCAGAAAUCCUACUUUAGACAAGGAAAGCUUCCAAACAUGAAAAGUAUACAAACGGAAUCAGAAACAAAGUUAUUGGUGGAUGGAUGGUGGGGUUUGGCCCAACACAUAAACUACUUUGGAGAUAUUCUUAUAGCAUUAAGUUGGUGCCUAACUACUGGUUUCAACACUCCGUUGACCUAUUUCUACGUCUCGUACUUUGCUUGCCUACUUUUGGAUAGACAGAAAAGAGAUGAGGCUAAGUGCAGCAAGAAGUAUGGAAAGUAUUGGAAACAAUAUACAGAACAUGUUCCUUGGAAGAUCAUUCCAUUCGUUUACUAA